AUGGCGCUCAAGCACCUGCUCAACGACGACGAUGUCGUCAACUAUCACCACGAGAGACACAGUCCGCAUCUCAACUGGUUCCAGCAAGGUUCCUUGGAUCAUUUUACGGCGGCUCUACCAACUAAAUCCUGGGAUCAAUACGUGGAGGAACUGCUUGGGUCACAGGACGCACAAUGCGACCCACUACUGGAUGGAAUCGACAUUAACGGCUCGUUUCAAGAGACGAGUCGCGCUAUUGAAGACUGGACGACCGGGCAAGCGCAGCAUGAGUCCACUGAGGAGCAGACUCUAGCUGAGCAGGAACAUAUCUGUUAUGGCAUGAUUUUUAGAGCCGCUGUUCGCCUCCGAGGCGACAUGGGGGAGCUUCAUCGUAAGCUCAACAACAUCGCAUCAUCCCCGAUCACAGGCCAUGCGCGAAUGAUCAUCAUCAAACCCGAAGCCCGAUUCAUUGUCGCUUUCCCCGAAGGGGGUGUCGUAGGAGAUGUGAACGCCCAGUUAGACGGAGCGUUAACGAGCAUCGCAGAACAAGGCUAUGAGAUCGAUCUGGAGGUCUUCGCGCCAACGCUGGUCAUCCAGGAGACCAUAGGCCGCGCCACGAAGGACAAAGAAGCCGUAGUAAGGGUACAGAUAAACGUUUACGGCCCAUCGACAGCCGCUUGCGACAUCGGCAAGGAGUUGUCGCAGCAAAAGAUCUACCUGCAACGCCCUGUGUACAUACGAGAUGGUUAUCGAUACGAGAAUCCCCAUAUUCUCAUUCUCCCUGGCUUCCAAGGCUCGACACCUGAGAUACCAACCAUCACAGAAGAACCUUUGCCUGACAAGGCCGGUCUGCAGACAUUGAGAAGCACCCUCCAAAAUGUGUAUUCCUCUUUGACGAGGGAUCGCAACCUGCACGGGUUAGAGGGUGACGAGCGCCUCAACACAGAUCUUUUGUUGCACCAGAAGACAGCACUUUCUUUCAUGAUGCAGCGCGAAGACGGGCCCAUACCAGAGGAGUACACACUCUGGAGGCCGAGCGAAGAAGAUGGAGUCCAAUGCUAUCGUCAUGUUCUGACGAGAGGACGUUCCAUGGUCGAGCCUAAGGAAACCGGCGGUGGUAUCCUGGCAGACGAGAUGGGGAUGGGAAAGACUCUCUCUGUACUAGCCCUUGUACUACGGACGCUAAACACUGCGCACGAUUGGGCCAUCCGCAUCGAUGAUCUGAACGAUGCGACUUCGGAAAUAUCAAAGAAGAGACGCCGCUCCGGAGCGACCCUGAUCGUUGCAUCAUCAGACCUCAUGAUCAAUGAAUGGUUUCAGGAACUAGAUAAGCAUUUUGACGAGCCUACUCAUAAUGCCAUGAAAGCGAUCAAGUACCAUGGCCCUCAUCGACACGUUUCCCUGGGGAGGCUUAUGGAGGCAGACCUUGUCAUCACUACCUAUCAUACGCUCGCGUCAGAUUUUGCCAGGACCAAGCAUGAGUUGAGGCAUAUUGAAUGGUAUCGUCUCGUCAUUGAUGAAGCCCACAUUAUACGACGGCAAUCCACCAUCUUGUACCGGACUGUAGCUGACAUCGCGGCCCGAUCGAGAUGGUGUCUGACUGGCACGCCUAUACAAAACCGCCUGGAGGACAUCGGCUCCUUGUUCGCCUUCUUGAGAGUAAACCCGUUUCACAGCUUGUCAAACUUUCGGAAGACGAUUGCUAUACCUUUUGAUGAGGGCGGUAAGAGACGUACCAUUGCGAUUGAGCGCUUCACUCGCCUUCUGGACUCCAUGUGCUUGCGCAGAACCAAGGAUGUUCUGCAUUUGCCGGCUGAGCAGCACCGAGUGAGAGAGGUACCGUUCUCGACAGAAGAGCGAUUGCAAUACGAGCAGACCAAAGAGAUCAUGUUUCGAGCUGUUCGCAACCAGAAUGGCACUUUCGAUCAAAAGAGUACGCUGGGCAUGUUCCAGGUACAACUUCAGCUACGCAUUCUCUGCAACCAUGGUACUUGGCAGCAGCCAUUCUCCUGGAAUCGCCGCAAACUGCAUUUACUGGAUGAGAGGGAGGCUAUGGAGAUCUCCCUGGGGCGAGACGGCGAGAUCACGUGCUCAAGCACGCCUAGUGGUCACGACGAAAUACCCAGCAAAUGCCCGCUAUGCCAGCCCCUGUGGAAUGUGUCCACCGAAGCACCUCGUUUCAUGGACGCAUCACAAGAAGAUACUUACUUUCGAGCAAACGGACGGUCUUCGAAGAUGGAAGUCUUGAUGAACGACGUCUCCGUCGAUAUAUGGGAUACGAAAAGCAUCAUAUUCACUUGUUGGACGCGCACCUUGAACUUGCUAGAGAGCUACCUUCAUUACAUGUCUAACAACACGUGGACCCAUGAGCGCAUCGACGGCGAAUGCUCAACGACCAAACGCGAACGUAUCUUGCAUCAAUUCACGGAGGACCCCAAUUUGCGAGUACUGAUCAUGACCACCGGUACCGGCGCAGUAGGACUCAAUCUUGCAACCGCAAACCGCGUCUUCAUUGUCGAGCCUCAGUGGAACCCUUCAGUCGAGAACCAAGCUGUUGCGCGAGCCCUGCGGCUUGGACAGAAGCAGGCAGUAUUGGUCACACGUUACGUUGUGGAACAGACGGUGGAGCAGGACAUGCGCGCAUUGCAGGACACUAAAUUGGAAAGAGCCAAUCUCAUUCAGAGUGGCUGA